AUGGGCAUUUUUGGUGGAUUCAGCAACAACAACAGCACUAAUGAAGAGAGCACAUUAGAUGAUGUUUACUCUCCUUCAUCCGCUGGAAGUUUACCAGAAGAGAACUUUGGAGACAACAGCUUUGAAAAGAUCCCCGAUUUCAUGUCAAGUGUCACUUACGAUGCUAACCGACUUCAGCCUGUCGCAUUACAAGGAGGUCUUGAUUUCUUGCAAGUGGAAGGAGAGCCAACAGGAAAUGGUAUGGGUGGUGCAUCGCUUGCUCCUUCCAGAGGUUGGUCGGAUGAUUUGUGUUAUGGUACUGGCACCACAUAUCUGGCUGGUUUGACAUUGGGUGGUGCUUUUGGUAUGGCAGAAGGAUUGAAAAAGAGUUCGGGUGCUCCCAACAUGAAGGUACGUCUCAACACGACGCUGAAUUCCAUCACACGUCGGGGCCCUGGUAUUGGCAAUUCGUUGGGUGUCAUUGCUAUGAUCUAUAACGGCACAACUGCCAUGAUUGAUGCUCAACGUGGACAACACGAUGUAUUCAACAGUUUGGCUGGUGGUGCUGUUUCUGGAGCCAUUUUUAAAUCGACUGCUGGCCCUCGUGCUGCCUUGGUAUCUGCUGGUGUCUGUGCUGGUGUCGCUGGUGCAUGGUCCUUGCUCGUUUCCACCUUUACCGACAAUUAA